CGGCACGAGACCGCAGCGGUUCAGAUGUCAGACAGACCCCGGUCUGCACGAGCUGGUUCACCCUCUUUUAUCACCUUUUCUGCAACCCAACAUGGACAUUGUACUGGACACUCGCGGACAGCGAAAACUUAAGUCAUUGCUGUUUAUUUACCUCUUUAUCGUGAAUGUAGCAGCUGAUUGUCCUAGACCUCCAGCAGAUGGAAAUAUGGUCUUGUCCCGUGAAGCACAACUAAUGAAUGAGUUCCCAGACAACGUUGAUGUCACCUUGGAAUGUGCCAGUGGAUAUGUUCAAGAAAGUGGCUCUGGGACUAUGAGUUGCAUUGAUCAGAAAUGGACGGAACCAGAUCUUAUCUGCAAGAAGAAGGACUGUGGCCUCCCUCCAGCACAACCAAAUAUGAUAUUCAAUGCAAGUGAGGGUACUCUGUUUGGUGCUUCACUGCAAGUACAUUGUAUUCCAGGUUACCUGAUAAGCGGGUCAAGCUAUAAACAGUGCUUUGCUUUUGGGUGGAGUGGAAGAUCAACGUGUGAACUUGCUACUUGUGAAGCACCUCCUGAAGUACAAUAUGGCAGCAGCUCUUGGGUUUCUCAAGAGAAUCCAGAAUAUGGACAAAGCAUUUCCUACAACUGUAAUGAAGGCUUCACUCUUGUUGGGGAAUCUAGUAUUAUGUGCAUGGAUACUGGUGAAUACAACUUUGCUGCCCCUGAGUGCAAAGGUGUGACAAACGAAGGUAGCAUAACAACAGAAAAGUCAACAUCAGCUCCUGCAUCACCAGUACCAGAAACAUCCUCUUCUACAGUUCCACCUACCACAGCCGCAGCUCUCAGAAAUAAAACUGUCACAGACCAUGCAUCCUCAACUGUCUCACCAUCACAGCAAGCUUUGACAGCUACGGAUAGUGUCUCCAAAACCAGAGUAACGUCACCAGGCACACGGGCUUCGCUUCAAGGCAUUCAGAAUCUGGAUGUAAAUGCUCACAAACAUAUCGGUUAUGUCCCAGCUAUAGUCACAGUGAUAGCCGUAUUCAUAGUUGGAGGCAUACUUGCAGUCUUUCUGAUAAAAAUCUUUCUCAGGAGAAAAGGCUCGUAUGACACCAGAGAAGAUGUGAAGCCGGAAUUCUCACAGUUCACAAAUCUUUAGAUUGCCUUCUUCACUCAGCUCUGGAAAUGGCAUCGCCCCGAUCUGAUCUCUUAUUGCGAAGAAAGAUGCGUCACCAAACACUGAACCCUCGACGGAAACAAGAAAACUAACUUUUUAAUAUUUUUGUACUAAAAAUAGAAGAUGAUCAAACUUGCUGCACAUGUAAUUUAACAUUAUGCUUUUUGUAUUUAUUUUUUCAUACAUUUUCACAAAGUUGUAAAUAUUUUUUUUCAAUUAAGUAUUAUUUUUUAUAAUUUAUCUGUUUAACUCAAGUAAACAUUAUAGUAUUGUCUCCUUGUGUUGUUUACUUUUUACACUUUUUUUACUAAAAGAAUUUGAGUUUGAUGUUUUUGAGGAAAACCUCCAGUCUAUAAGUGUCUGUGCUGUUUUAUUAUGAGACAACCAGCAGAAGUCUUUCAGGAAGUGAACAAUGCGGCUUAUUCAGCCACAGACUGAGCUGGUGGCUGUUUAAGAUACAAUCAGUUACAUUCUUCGCCUCCUGGGAUUCUUUUCACGAUUGUCUAUUGAUUGUAUUCUUUGAGUUAUUUUGUAUGUAAAUGUAUAUAUGUACACACAUACAUACACAGGAAAAUUCAAAUAAAAGUG